AUGGGAUAAGGGCGGAAUUGUAGCAACGGUUUCCGGAUUCCCUGGAUUGGCCUGCUGGAAGAAAGAAAACAAGGGAGGUGGAAAAACUCCAGGUUUUUGUGUUUUAUCACGCGUUUAUAACAGUUGUCAGGCAGGAUCGUCAUGUCGCAGUCUGGAGAAAAAGGAAAGUUUCCGGAUGCUGCAGGAUAUGUGGGAUUUGCCAACCUGCCCAAUCAGGUGCACAGGAAGUCCGUGAAGAAAGGCUUUGAGUUUACACUGAUGGUUGUAGGAGAGUCUGGUCUUGGUAAAUCAACCCUCAUCAACAGCCUCUUCCUGACUGACCUCUACCCAGAGCGCCAUAUACCUGGAGCGGCAGAGAAGAUCGAGCGCACGGUUCAGAUUGAAGCGUCCACUGUGGAAAUCGAGGAGAGGGGAGUGAAGCUCAGACUGACUGUAGUGGACACGCCUGGAUAUGGAGACGCCAUCAACAGCCAGGACUGCUUUAAGACGAUCAUCCAGUAUAUCGAUAAUCAGUUUGAGCGAUACCUGCACGAUGAGAGCGGACUGAACCGCAGACACAUCGUUGACAACAGAGUACACUGCUGCUUUUACUUCAUCUCUCCGUUUGGACACGGCCUGAAGCCUCUAGAUGUUGAGUUUAUGAAGGCGAUCCACAGCAAAGUCAACAUCGUUCCUGUAAUUGCCAAAGCCGACACGCUCACGCUGAGAGAGAGAGAACGCCUCAAGAGAAGGAUUUUGGAUGAGAUCAGUGAGCAAGGAAUCCGGAUCUACCAGCUUCCCGACGCUGAUUCGGACGAAGACGAAGAAUUCAAGGAACAGACGCGUGUCCUAAAGGCCAGUAUCCCGUUUGCUGUCAUCGGCUCCAACCAGCUGAUAGAGGUGAAGGGGAAGAAGAUCCGUGGACGCUUGUACCCGUGGGGGGUGGUGGAGGUGGAAAACCCCGAGCACAAUGAUUUCCUCAAGCUGCGCACUAUGCUGGUAACUCACAUGCAGGACCUACAGGAGGUCACUCAAGAUCUCCAUUAUGAGAACUUCCGUUCGGAGAGACUAAAGCGAGCUGGCAGCAGGGAUGCUGAGGAAGAUGUGAUGGACAAAGACCAGAUCCUCUUGGAGAAGGAGGCUGAGCUGAGACGCAUGCAGCAGAUGAUCGCUCAGAUGCAAGCUCAGAUGAAGAUGAAACCGGGGGAUGACUAAGUGUGUGGGUGUGUGUGUGUGUGUGUGUCUGUUUGUAUGUAUGUUGUGGGAACAGGAAGUGCCAUCUGACUUGAGGGUGCAUUUAUCCUACCCUUUUCUAAACACUAUUUUCUCUUAUCCCUCAUGUUUAUCAGAUUGUCGGAACAUAAUGUUAAUGAUGCCUAAUUAAUGUAACCAAUCACUAUCGCAGCUCCGCCCAUUUGAAUAACCUCGACACUGAAACCAACGGUCAUUUAUGAUUUGAUUUAAUCAGUCUUUGUCCAAUCAGGUUAGAUGCUGUUAAUAAUUUAUAUCAUGGUUUUACUGACAAUGUUCAGCAUCUGUAUAUUGAUCAGGGUUUGUGGUCAGCUCAGCGUUUUUCUGUGCCAAAACACUCUUUUUAAGCUGCUUGGCUUGUCCCAGUCAUGUUUUUCAUGCGUUAGACUGGCAUACGUUUACCAGAUAACCUCGUCGAUACUUUAUAGAGUGCUUAUGGAUAGAUAGGAUCAAAUAAGAGGAUGUUGUACCUGGUCAAGUUUACAGUUUUAUCAAAUGGACAGGUUCAUAAUCGUGAUGCAUUCACAGGCAUUGUGUUCAAAAAAAGCGGUCACUACGUUCUUGAUGGAGAAACUGACUGAGAUGUAUGUCAAAUUUCAUCACGAAAAGUAUCAUAAUAUCUGAUAUCAUCGGUUAUUUUCCUUUUAAAUGCAUUUAAAUCUCUAUUUGUCAAGUCAAGCUGUGCACUGGUCAGGGUUUCCCUCUAGUGGACGCUACAGGAAUACAAGCUGAAGUCCAAUUGGAAGCACAUAAAAGCUACAAUUGCCAGAUUGUAUCAUGAAAAAACUACAAUUGGACAAUCUCUUGACAUCAUGUUGCAUUUGGUCAAUAAUGCAAUAUCUGAUCAGUAUCUUUUUAAAAGGAAAAAUUGCACAAAGUUCACCUUUCGUGUUUAGAAAGUGGGAAUUUAGUAAUGGUACUAAAAUGAGGAUAAAGACAUGUUUAUUGUGGACAGCUGUAUUUUGAUUCACAGAAAUGCCUUAAAACUCCACUUAAAUGCACACAUUUGUAGCCUUUCUCUACUUUUAUACUUAUAUUCUCAUGGUGUGGGGUUUUCUAUCAGUUUUAUUGCUUUUUUUACUUUAUUUACUACGUUUAAACAAUAGCAUCUACUGCAGUGGACUUUAUAUAUUUUGUUUACCAGCUGGUACAUUUUACUGUAUGUUCGAUGUUUUAAAACGCACCGUCAGACAUGUGAGAGCAUUGUAGUGAGUUAUCUGCUAAUUAUUGAUGUCUGCAGUAAACACACUGAUUUUAUUUUGUGGUUCAGCCCAGUUAUUUUGACUUGGUUAUCUCCUGUUUAGGCCUUUUUAAAGAAAUAACAGUUGUGCGGUACGGUAACGCUUACUUCCCUGUUUUACAUCUUCCUUUUUGUACUUGCUUUAUUGAGAAAUAAAUAACUUUCUGAGUCA